AUGGGGGACCUACCGAUGCAGAGAGUUACGCUAUCAAAGCCAUUCAAUAGCACAGGAGUAGAUUAUUGCGGGCCGAUCUACAUUCGUGAAGGUUCGCGGAGAAACAGUAAACGUCUCAAGGCUUUCGUAGCGGUAUUUGUGUGUAUGGCAACAAAGGCUGCACAUUUAGAAGUAGUAUCUAACUUGACAACGGAUGCAUUUCUUAAUGCGUUCAAGCGAUUCAUCGCUCGCAGAGGUAAGCCUGCAAAUGUUUUCUCGGAUAAUGGAACUAUUUUUACAGGAGCCAAUCGUGAAUUAGAAGAGCUCAGAGCUCUAUGUAGUCAGGAGGAGCAUCAGCUUAAAGUUAUAAAUGAAACAGCCAAGGAAAGAAUCAACUGGCACUUCAUACCUCCACGUGCACCACAUUUUGGCGGUUUGUGGGAGACUACCGUGAAGGUGUUCAAAAGGCAUUUCUAUAAAAUAGUCGGGGAAACGCCACUGACUUUCGAAGAAGCAUCAACAUUUACAUCACAAGUGGAGGCUAUUCUUAAUUCGAGGCCAUUAACAGCUAUGUCAUUGGACCCUAAUGACAUGAGUUACAUUUCUGCAGGGCACUUUCUUAUUGGCGACACUCUGACGUCAUAUCCAGAACCUAAUCUCAUGCAAAUACAAACUAAUCGUUUAACGAGAUGGCAGCAUCUAGAGCAGAUGCGACAGCAUUUUUGGAAGCGUUGGUCGAAUGAUUAUUUGCUUCAGUUACAGCAUCGUAUAAAAUGGUGUGCUAAUCAUGGACCUUCCAUUCAAAUCGGUCAGCUAGUCAUUUGUCGUGAGGAUGGUACUCCACCCUUGAAAUGGGUACUUGGCAGAAUUUUAGAAAUCUUCCUGGGAGAAGAUAACAUUGUGAGGGCAGCGACUGUCAAAACCGCAACCGGUUCUUAUAAAAGACCAGCUUCCAAACUUGCAGUUUUGCCGAUUGAAGAAAAGCUUAAUGCGUUUAAUAAUUAA